AUGGAGUCCCCUCUGGAGAAAGCACUGACCACUCUGGUCACCACCUUCCACAAGUACUCAGGCAGAGAGGGCAGCAAACUCACUCUGAGCCGGAGGGAGCUGAAGGAGCUGAUCCAGAAUGAGCUGUCUCUAGCAGAGAUGAAAGAGAGCAGCAUUGACAACCUGAUGAAGAGCCUGGACAAGAACAGCGACCAGGAGAUCGACUUUAAGGAGUACUCUGUGUUUCUGACCACGCUCUGCAUGGCCUACAAUGAUUUCUUCCUGGACGAGAAUAAGUGACGACCACCACCUGUUUCUGCCUGUCCCCAAGCCUACCCCCCAGCCGUCCUCUCUCCUUCCUGCCCUCCUUGCUUGUCCCUUACCCAGCCAGGAAAUAAAGA